GUUUUGCUCGUCCGCGUUCAGAGUGAAUACCGGCUUGAGCCGGUAAAGAGCUGCCAAGACAGGCAGGAAAUAAUUCAGAGAAUACAAAAGAUGCGGAUAGCUUCGGCAGUGCGAAAUAGACCAUAGCGACAUCACCUUUAGUAUUCGGGCCCUUUUGUAGCAGCGGGAGCAAGUGGCUUAGAUAUUACCGUUCUUUCAAGGAAUUUAGAAAAAAAAACACGUAAAUGAUUGCUUCAUAAAUGGGUCUAUAACUAACAUUAUAGGUAAUUUAAAGCGAAAAUAAAAUGACGACGAGAUAGGAAAACCGGCCUUUAUACACCAGAGGGCUGCUUUUACCACCUCAACGCUGCCGGUGGCCUGCUGUAGCCAUGAGGGGGCCCCAUUCUCUGGGCUGUUUGGGUCCAAAUGUUUACCCAGAGGUGCCUGAUGGUGGCUGGGGCUGGGCUGUGGCUGCGACCUUCUUCUUGGUGGAGGUCUGCACCUAUGGGACCCUCAAGAGCCUGGGUGUCUUCCUUCAGGAUCUGAUGGAAGAGUUCGGGGAGAGCAACAGCCGAGUGUCAUGGGUCAUCUCCAUCUGUGUCUUCAUUUUUACCUUCACCGCCCCCCUGUCCACGAUGCUGAGCAACCGCUUUGGCUAUCGUCCUGUGGUGAUGAUGGGAGGCUUCCUUAUCAGCCUGGGAACCAUCACCUCUGCCUUCGUCAACUCCAUCAAUGAGAUGUACAUCACCAUCGGUAUUGUCUCAGGCCUCGGCUACUGCCUCAGCUUCCUUCCCACCGUCACCAUCCUAGCCCAGUACUUCUCCAGGCGGCGAGCACUUGUCACCUCCGUCGCUUCAUCCGGCGAAUCCUUCGCCAUAUUCAUGUUUGCUCCUGCCCUCACUAAACUGAAACAACACAUUGGCUGGCGCUACUGUCUGGUUGUCCUCGGCAUCUUUCAGGCUUUGGUGAUUGGCUGUGGGCUUCUCCUUCGUCCAAUCAUUAUUGAGCCGGAGCCUGGAAAGGAGGACGGUGAAUCAGACAAAGAAUCUCUCUCUCUAAAGCAGCUUGAGGCUGUUUACGAGCUGGAGAAUGAACAAACCAGGACCUCCAUCAGUUCAGGAAUCUCCCAGGGUUCAGAGGACUCAGGUGUCACCUCCCUUUCUGCUUCAAACGUAGACCUGAGGACUGCAGGAGCUGGGGAGGUGCAGGACACAGGGGACAAAGAGCUGUCACUGUCUUCACCCCCCACCCCUGUCAAGGAGGAUAAGAGCGAACUGGCAGAAGUAGAGGUAAUGGUAGAGGCAGGUGCUCUCCAUCCUUCUAGCCCCAAACUUCUGGACUUCUCUGUGCUUAAAGAUGGUGCCUUCAUCUGGUACUCCCUCUUUGGCUUGUUCGCCACGCUGGGCUUCUUUGCCCCACAGCUCUACAUCAUCGAACUGAGCAAGAGCCGGGGUGUGGAACCCAGCAUGGCCUCCUGCAUGCUCUCUGUGAUGGCUGUGGCCGAGAUCUUUGGCCGUUUGUCCAUCGGGGUGGUGUUGAACAAAGUCCGCUGCAAGAAGACCCUGGUGCUACUGGGCUGUGUCAUUCUGCUGUGCCUGGUGCUGGUGGCCUUCACUAUUGUGUGGGAGUUCUGGGGCCUAGUAGUCUGCUGUGCCCUUUAUGGCUACUUCAUGGGCACCGUCGGCUCCACUCACAUCCCAAUGCUGGCUGAGGAGGACGUGGUGGGUAUCCACAAGAUGGCAUCAUCUGUGGGAGUGUAUGUCUGUAUCCAGAGCUUUGCUGGGCUGGCAGGGCCACCACUAGGAGGUGUGUUGGUGGAUGUCACACAGAAUUACGGUGCUGCCUUCUAUUCCUGUGCGGUGGGAAUGGGCCUCAGUGCUAUUUGCCUGGCUCUAGUCGGCCCAGCCAAGUCUGCCAUGUGCCAAAGACAGAGCAGAAACAAAGAGGAAGGCAUGAGCAGAGAGGUGGAGAAAAUAUCUCAGGACAGUGACCAAGCAGACUUUUUGGAGGUGGACUUGGCCCUGGAGGACAGUCCUGUCAGAAAGGCUGUUGAUCAGGAUAAUGCCUCUGUAAUAUGAUCCCAACUACAGCAUGACACCUCAUAACCAACGACUCACCACCAGGGCCAACAGCUAAUGGAGUCCAGGUGUACUGCAAGAGGCUGCAGUGUCACCAACAUUAAAUCCACAAAGAUAGUGUUCACAAAUGCUGCUUGUUUCAAAUCUCAGGUGUCACUCUUUCACAUUCUGACAAGCUUGAAGUUCACUCCUUCCCACGGAGGAUGCAGUCUCCCCCCUGAGACCAAAGACAUCUCCAUGCUGAGCACAUGGUGUCACACCUUAAUCUAAGUUCACACUACAUGACUUAAAAUCGUCAGAUCGCUGUUCUGUUCACACUACACAACUUCUGUCUUGUAUGUGGGAGUCUUGUCACACAAGAUCUUUCACCAGGAAGAAUCUCGAUGAGUACUUCAGGUCAGGGUAGUGCUUACUAGAAAAUAUCAAAGUCAAAAAGUGAUAAAGCAGCGUAAGUUAUUAGGAUAAAACUUUCAGAAACUUUGUGUGCAAUAGUCCACCUUCUCUGUCACUCUCUCUCCCUCCCUCUAACACACACACAGACACACACACACACACACACACACACGCCCAAGUCCAGAUAAUUAUCAUUAUAGAUAUCUGGGGAGUGUCUGCAAUGCAUCAGCGAGCCUUUCAGCAUGCGUCACAUAUUGCUCGAGCACCUAUUUGCUAGCAACAAGCCAAAGCCAAAUUGCCUCUGAUCUGUUUUUUUAGUUAGGGAGCUCCAAAAACGGUCAGUGAAUGGAAAAUCAGGGUUUAAGUUGUGUAGUGUGAACAUGGCAUUAGCUAUUUAACAACUUAAGACAGAUAUCUCUUCUAGCUGUUUAGGGAAAAGCCACGCUUAUCAAGAGCUUUCACAAUCCUCUGGGUAUCAUUAGUUUGAGUAACGUUAUCUCAGGAAAGAAGUGGUGUUGUCAUAGAUACUGACACAUCAUGAGCACGAGUUAGACAAAGCAGUCUUGAUAUCUGUCAGAAGCCUCUGUGAUAUCAUGACUGUGUUGUGCUGGUUGAUUCCUGCUCAUGUUGCGGCAUGCAUCCUCGUCCGAGCCCUGCAACGCCUCAUUCAUUCCUGCUGAACACCUGCACACAGUGUUCUUCAACCCAUGAUGGAUGCAUGCUGCACAGCCACGACACGGCCACUUCUCCAGCAGAGUCUGGAGGGUGUAACACACCAUGGCUUUAAAUGUCAUACUCCAUGCAAAAUGAAAAGUAGUUAAUCUACCUCUAUGCUCUUGAUGCAUGGAGAAAGAUUUCACUGCUGCUAAAGCUGGACAUGAAAAUGCAGUCAUGCAGUAUGUACAUACAGUUUGUGUCCUCUCUGUUAGUCUUACGCACAUUCAUGAUGUGACAAUGAUAUUGAUAUGCCAUGUCUACCGCUAUGGUAACUAAAGCAAUAUUGCAGCUGUGUUCACUGAUCCUUUAGAAUGAAUGAAGGAGCUUCAGCUCAGUCUCUGAACUUGGAGCCUGUAUUCUAUGAUUCUAUGAUACAUUGAGGUUGUGGGAUUAAUUUUGCAUGAGCCUGAGAAGCUUUAGUUCCUUCUGUAGUGCUAUGGGCGAACACAUUAACUGUAUAUCUUUCAUGAUCCUCUUGAUGUACUGUAGAAUGACCUUGUUACAACUAACAUACAAACUUAAAAGCAAUCUUGAUACAACAGAAGAACUUGAGGGUUCACAGUGAUUUAUUUUCUGAUGCCAUGGCUAACUAAAUACAAUGUUACAGUUUUUCUCAGUUGCUUUGGUACUCUCAGAUCAGAAUUGAAAUUCUCAAAACUACCUGCUCAACCCACAUCAUCAAUUUAUCAUUGAAGCAGUUUCUCAUUACUUUGAACAAAUUGCAAAUGCUUUGGCACACUUACGAUUAUCCGUAAUUGUCUGCUGUCUCUCACAUUUUCAGUUACUUAUGUCAUGUUGAGUAUUUUACUGGUUCUCUGUUGUAUAGUCUUACCCUCCAAAACAUCUGGACAUUAGUUCAUUAUAUUGGUCAUUACAAGCAAAAUGGUUGAACCAGUUGUCAUAAUUUGUCAAACAUAUUUUCUGUACAUUUCUAUUAGACAGAAAACACAUUCCAAAAGAUUCUUUUGACACUGUAUUGUAAGGGAAAAUAUAAGGACAUGGGCCAGACAAACAGGAAGGUCAGGAGGUAUAGACAGACUGUACUGUAAUUCCCCAUACAGCACUGCAUGUACAUUUAUGCAUAUGGGCUGGUACCUAAUUGUUUCCUCUGUGCAUUGCAGUGCAGUUAAACAUUCUGAUCUUUUUCUUCUCUGGGUCACAAUGAUGCAGUCUGUUAAUAAUGACAGUACAAAUAGUGAACAUAGGAAUCCUGUCAAAUCUCUUGCAAUGAGAUUCCAACAUACAGUAAUGUGUAACUUUGUACUGCUAAAACUGAUGUAUGCCAUACAGAAAAAGUGCAGCCUUGUGCAUUUUGUUUAACCAUUGUCACCAAAAGCCAGAGUUUACAUCAGAAAAUACUUUAAGAGUUCACUGUUACAUUGACAACAUGGCUUAGCAUUUUGGAUAUCAUGUAUGUAAACUAUGACACAAGGACUUCUAAUGACACUGACAUAUUCAUUGCCAUAAAUCCUUACUUUCGGGAGAAAGUAAGGAUUUUGUACAAGUAACGUUUUUUAUCAUCAUAUUGUGGUGUUUGUUUUGAGUAAAUGCUUUAACUGUUUUGCAAAUUUUAAGGAUGACUCGAGAAAUGUACCAAAGCCACUGAGGAAAAACUCUUAAGUGUACAAUUAGAAAUGGUCAUUUGCAGUAAAUACCGUGGUGUUUUUUUUUUUUUUUAAAGAUUUCUUUUUGGGCAUUUUUAGCCUUUAAUUGAUAGAACAGACAAGUGUGAAAGGGGGGGGGGGGGUGACAUGCAGCAAAGGGCCACAGGCUGGAGUCGAACCCGGGCCGCCCUUGUACAUGGGGCGCCUGCUCUGCCACUAAGCCACCGACGUCCCAUACUGUGGUGUUUUUAUGUGGAAAAA